AUACAAGAGCUGCUGGAGCUGCUUAGAUUAGUGGGGCUAAUAAGCCAAUCAGACAUAACACAAACUGUGUGCCCAAUUGAUUCUGAGAAGAAAAAAUAUCCCGUCUUUUGCCCUUGACGGUUUCCUCCACUCUACUUUUUUUCAACCCCCUCCCUCUACAUCUUCCACAUCUUCUCAAUCCUCCCCCUCUACAAAAAAAAAAGUCCACCAACUCAUAUUCCAGUCUUGGACAUUUAGCUGGGCCAUUUGUGCAUCUUCCUUUCUCUUCUACUCUAACAACACUUUCACUUCGGUCAAUCCUUCAAAAUGGCGGACGAGUUCGAGAUCGACAACCAGGGCGAUGCCGGUGCGUCUGCCACUUUCCCCAUGCAGUGCUCUGCUCUGCGCAAGAACGGUGCCGUCGUCAUCAAGGGCCGCCCCUGCAAGAUCGUAGACAUGUCCACCUCCAAGACCGGAAAGCACGGUCACGCCAAGGUCCAUCUCGUCGGUAUCGACAUCUUCACCGGCAAGAAGCUUGAAGAACUUUGCCCUUCCACCCACAACAUGGAGGUCCCCGUUGUCAAGAUCAAGCAGUACAACUUCUCUCACCUUGAGGAUGGCUUCAUUGUUCUCCACGACAUCAACACCAGCGAGGAGCGAAGCGACAUCAAGGUCCCCGAGGGUGAGAUUGGUAACAAGAUCGAGGCCGCCGAUGAGAACGGAACCCCUCUCAUCAUUACCAUUCAGUCCGCCAUGGGCGAAGAGGCGGCCAUCAAGGCCGACGAGCCUGCCCAGAAGGACUAAAUCUCCAGUUAGGGGACUUAUGACUCAGGUAGAGGAUGUCACUGGAUCGAGUGUUACUUAUGGGCCUCGACCAACUUGGACAUCGCCAGAAGGGAGGGUUGUUUAACUAGCCAACUGGUAGCUAGGUUCGUAUUGGACGCUGGCCCGCGGGGUUUUGCGUACAAAUGUGCUAUCCACUGUGGAGGAAUCAAACAUAUGGUACGAUAGUCCUCGAAUUUCGCAUCUAUCCCCAUCUCUUUGAGGAACGAAAAUGAUGUGCAUUUUGAGGAUUUCAGCAAAACAGGUCUCCUGUUUUUAUUAGCACUUGACUUGUCCUACAGAAUCUACGAGAUCUCCCUUUAUUUUUGUAUUUGGUGAUAAUCAACAAUCAUAUUUACGUGACUUAGGAGCUACCAAUUUACUCAUAUAUGAAUUUUACUUUGCUGCGAUUCUGUAUUUACAUAUAGGGUUGGCCGGUAUUAAUAUUCCACGAUCUGAAUGCAAUCUGAAAUGGGAUGAGUAUCAAACCUCUGCUACACUGGUCAAGCAGCUAGGUUUAUCUAACCGUGUAAAAUAUAUGGCAAGGCGUGAAAUAGUGAACCUAAACACCCUAAGACAAUUCCAGGGGCUAACGAGGAAAUAAAUGGAUUUGUUAACUGCUAUAUAAUGCCUAGAAUUGUAAGUGUAAGUUGGAU